AUGACGACCAACCGGGUUGUACAAGAUUCGCAAGAUUCUGUGGACGACCUUGACGAGUACCGGAGCGAGUCUGAUCGCGAUGAGUCGGCUCCCAAGAAGAAAAACUCCUUCAUGCAAGGUCUCAAGAAAUCAUUUUCCAGCCUGGGAAGCUCCAAUCGCGCGUCGCAAGUGCAGCCGGCUCCAAUCGCAGCUCAGUCGACAACUUCCAUCUUGCGUGGCACAUCGAGCCGACCUACCACAUCCGGCGGACAACCCGGGAUUACUUUUGGCGGAGCAUCUGGCAGUGCACUCCCUUCCGGCGGUCGCCCUGUUUCGUCUGCCUAUUCGUUCAGUAGUCGGUCACUGUUGGCCAGCGGUGCAGGUCCUCUUGGCGGACCAGGCGGUCGCCCCGUCCCGUCUGCGUACUCCUUCAGCAAUCGGCCUCAGACUGCCACCGGUGCUGGUGCUGUUGGCGGACCAGGCGGUCGCCCCGUCUCGUCUGCGUACUCCUUCAGUACUCGGCCACAGACUGGCACCCGUCGUCGAUCGCCGUCCCCCUUCAUAUCAAACUCAGCAGGACGUCGAACUCCUACACCCGGCAGAAUCUCGCCAGCCUUUCAACCCAUCUACCAUAGUACCGCCAACAAGGGUCUCAUGGCACACACACAGCCACCCCCACCAAUGGACGACCUCUCCGAACCAGAAGAAGAUGAAGACGAAGAUGAAGAGAUGGAAGAUGCUGACGAGGACGAUGCGCAAGCUACGUCUGAUAGCAAGUCGAACUCGAAAAGCUCUUCCUCUUCACUUAUCAAGACCCCCGAUGCAGCCGUAGACGAUGAAGGGGAUGAAGUCAUUGUGGACCCUGGCGAGGAUAAAGACCAAGAGCUGAUUGACCAGACAAAGUAUUGGACGCUCUCCGAAAAGCUAGACGAAGAUGGCUGGCUACCGCUAGUCAACGCGGCCUACGAAGAUGAAGCGAAGACAGGCUCUACUUUCAUGGGUGAAUGCAGCCACCGUGCUUGGCUGUUUGCAGCGGACGAAGUGUUGGCUACCAUGAACCUCGAUGUCCUCAAAGCGAUUUCUACGCGUGACGGCAAUCUAGCACGACUUUACCAGCUCGACACUUCUGUCAGAGCCGUGAUAGAUCGAUAUUAUGACCGCGGCGUGAAGCAGCCAACUGUAUACGUCCGCUGUCUCACACUGGGUGACUCCCGCGAGCCCUUGACGGUUGAGCAAGCGUUCGUGCUUUCAUCGAACGCGUUGUAUUAUGCUCAACAAGUAGGUUCAAGUGCCGACAAUGCCUACAAGAUCGAUAAAGCUGGUCUGGCAAAAGUCGACAAAAGCAAGAGCGACACCGGAUAUCGCCAUUUCCUUCGGACGGCCACAAAAGACGUAGACCCUUCCCGAAAGCGACGCUUGUUGACCUUUGCACGAGUGCUGGCGAAGACUGCCCAAGAAUGUCGCAAUCAGAACAGGAAAACAAUGCCGGUGAUGCAGUAUGUCGGGUACGCAAAGAACGUCAAGGUCCGAUCCAAGCAGCACGACAAGAUGGGAGACAACUCGAACUGGCUUUGCGUUUUCGCUCACGCGGCACUUCGGGCGAUGGGCUGCAAGCCUGAAGUGGAUCUGUUCACAGUGUGUCUCAUCAGCGAGGAGUGGGACGGCCCGGUAGCUGAGAUGCUCAUUACCCGACUUGCCCGCGCGUACUACUUUGCAGGAGGGUUCAGCAUCGCCCAGGCCGGAGCAAGCAUGGCUAGUAUCAAGAGGAGGGAUCUGACCGACGAACAGCGCAAGGCUUAUUGGGAUGAAAACAUUGACUGGGUGAAGAACCCAGUCAAAACCGCAUACCGCGCCAACCAGCUCAGAGAGCGUGAGCUGCGAAGGAAGUUGCAAGCCGCUACGUUCGAACGCGCGAUUUCCGCACGGAAGGCCGAGUUGGAGGUUUACAGGGCAGACAUGGCACGUAUGAGCGGGGAUGCUGAACAGGAGCCGCAUGACCCUGCUGAACUACAAAUCUUGCGCGAAGCGUUCCCACAAGCGUUGAAGGACUUCAAGGAAGUGAAGGAAUACGUGGCCAGCCGCAGGGGAGUGUGA